AAAGAAACAAAACCAAAAACAAAAGAAGUCGACCUUGGUGGAGAGACAAGCACUUGAGGCAAUGGCAAUGGUUGUGACGGUGACGUGAGUGAUGGUGGAGGUGAUGGCGCCAUGGAUAGCGAGGAUAACACCGGAAGAAGCAGCGGUGAUGGCGUUUAAAGAAACAGAAAUUGUGAAUCUGCUUCUGCUUCAUUAUCUAAGCUGGGAGACACCCAGAUCUGGGUUUGAGAACUGGGUUUUUCUCAAACUCAGAUCUGGGUUUUUUUCAAACAUGCAUAAAGAAAAGCGCACGAACAUUCAUAGAAGCUGUGCAGUUGGGGCAUGUCUUGGAGUUGUGGCCGUUGUAGCUGCAAUGCGAGUAGCGCCGGCUCAUUUUUGGGUUCGGGCUCGACAGAUCGAGGAAGGGGCAGAGGGAUGAGAGAGAGAAGGGAGGAAGAAGAAGAAGAAUAAUAAUAAUAUAAUAAUAAAUUAUGUGGGUCUUU